GAAAUUGUGUCAAGGCCAGAGUUUAUUGUGAAUGGGGCAAGUCGACAUGAUUUAGACCAAGGUGGACUGGGUACGUGGUUUAUUAAUGUAUCGAAUGGACAAGAGAAGAUCUAGAAACGAUUGAAGUGAAGCAAGUUUGGAUAAUAAACACUCAAAGAAAUAUUUAAUUGUACGACCAUAUAUUUAGCAGGUAGAGGAGUGGGUCAACAUAGCUGUAGAGGAGUGGGUCAACAUAGCUGUAGAGGAGUGGGGGAAUAUAGAUGGUAGAGGAGUAGGGGAACAUAGCUGGUAGAGGAGUGUGGCAACAUAGCUGUUAGAGGAGUGGGGCAACAUAGCUGUUAGAGGAGUGGGGCAACACGGCUGGUAGAGGAGUGGGGCAAAAUAGCUGGUAGAAGAGUGGGAGAACACAUAUGCUAUUUUUUCUCUAUAUUUUUAAUCUUUUAAUCAAAGCUGAAUUCGGCUAAGAUUAUAAAAUUUAGACUAAUGUUACAGAUAAACCACCCCAGUAAAAUACGGGCUACUUGAAUUAAUGCCAGAGAGAAUGCCAAGCUACUCACCAUAGGUUGUUAAGUUCAGUUAACUGAAUGCUCUUAUAUAAAACUAUAUUUGUAUUAUAUACUGACCCUACUAAUGUUUUUUUAAAUAUAUUUUUUACAAAAUCUGUGACAUUUAACCCCCAGGUAAUUGUUGGUUUGUUGCUGGAGCAACGGCGUUAGCGGCGAGUUACCCCAGGGCGUUUGAGAGAGUUCUCCCCCUUGAUCAAGGGUUUAGUCCCCAGCAAUAC